UUUGUUAAUCACUUAUACUAUGUGUUUCCUUGAAAAGAAGGCAUUUUUGCAUGUUCUGUAUUUGUUUAUCACUUGAAAUUGACUCAAAAGGCAUGUAUGUAAUUUGAUACUUCUAAUGACAUGGAGUACUGUUUUAAACAUUUGAGCAAUGAUAUAGUAAUCUGCUUGUGUUCGUAAAUAGCCAAUUGUUUCACAUCUAUUCAUUCAGCAUGUAAGGCUUUGGUUUUGAUGUGAAUAACUUAGUUACAUAUGGCCUUAAAUCUUAUAUUAACUCAUAGGAAUGAGUCUCUCUUCAGGACUUACAACCGGUCUCCUGAGUGAAAUAACAUCUGAAAGUGAUUUCCCAACCGUCAAUCUGAAAGUUUUCACAUAUGCUGAGCUAGACAAGGCUACUAGAAACUUCGCUUUGGCGAAUCGCCUUGGGGACGGCGGGCCCAGUCAUGUUUUCAUGGGGUACAUUGAUGAGCGGGCCUGUAGAGCUGCAAGCCUUGCAACUGGAACACCCGUUGCUGUGAAGCGGCUUAGAACCGGAAGCAAUCUGACUCAUGAUGAGAUGCUGAGCGUAGUUAAUGACCUCGGUCGGCAUGUUCAUUCGAAUCUGGUCAAGCUUAUUGGUUAUUGUUUGGAAGAGGAACAUAAGCUUUUGGUCUGUGAGUAUCUACCUAACGGAAGCUUGGAGGAUCAUCUUUUCAUACCUGAGCGUUUACCAUUGUCGUGGGAAACAAGGGUCAGAAUUGCCAUGGAUGUUGCUAGAGGCCUUUCUUUCUUACAUGGUCAUCGAGUUAUAUUCCGAGAUUUAAAGGCAGCGAAUGUCCUACUAGAUUCGGCCUUCAAUGCAAAACUUUCGGAUUUCGGCUACGCAAAAAUCAUUCCUGGCGUUGAUCCAUCUCGCACUGAUCCAAUUUUUCGAACCCGAGCUUCCGGUAUUGAAGGAUAUCUUGCCCCUGAAUAUCUUGCUACAGAUCAGUUAACUUCAGCAAUGGAUGUCUAUAGCUUCGGGGUCCUAUUACUCGAACUGGUUUCCGGCCGCCGUGCUGUCCAACAAACAGAAUCUGGUAUAGAGGACAACAUAGUGGAGUGGGCACAACCGAAUAUUGGCAGUAGACACCUGUUGGACAAAAUCAUGGAUACCAAGUUAAGGGAGUACUCCCACGAGGAAGCUUAUGAAGUUGUGCUCAUUGCAUCGGAGUGCGUAGGUGAAAAGGCGCAACGACCGCGAAUGCGCAAGGUUUUAUCGGCACUGGAACAGCUUCGCCCUUCUCUUGUCCCUGCCACUGCGUCAUCAAGCAGUGCUCCUGUUGCAUCAUCAAGCACUACACACGAGCUUUCUUUUAGGACCCUACCUCAGCUUCAGUGUCCUCCCUCAACCAUAGUUUCAUCACGCGAAGCACUUUCUCCUCCUGGCUGCUGCUGUCAGGUCAUCUGAUUUGAGACCCACCCACCAUGUGAAUUCUCUCCAUUUUUGUCACCAUGUCUGGCUGUUCCAAAAACAAAGAAACAGGAGGUAAAUUUGGCUUUUAAGCAAAAAAAAAAAAAAGAUUGUAUAGAAAAAUGAUUCUUUGGAUUUUGUAUACAACAUCAUA